UUAUCAUUUUGAAGCAGCCAGAUGGAGAGAAAGACGGGAGCUAUGUGUCAGGCAGGAAGCUGAGUGUGGUCAGCUGAGCGGAACAGUAGAGGGGAAGCUGUUUUUUUCUUUUUUAAAUAUAAACUGAAUAUGUUCUGCGUAGUCCCCCUGACUAAAGUGGAACCGGCUACCGGAGGACAAAAUCGAGAGUUAAGAGAGUCAGUCGAGCGGAAUCGAGGCAGACACCGACAUCCACCAUUCCAACCGUCAGUUCUGUGAGAGGAGGGGCCAUCGCGGUUCAGGCGUGAGAUCUGUCAUGCUGCCAGUGUGAAGUCUCCAGGGAUUGUACAGGCCGCUGUGAUGGCAGUUCUGACAGGUGUGAAGCCUGGGACUGGACACGAGACAGGUGAAGGGAGGCUGUCCUGGCCCAUUUUCCUCCUGACACUCGCUGCUGUCACCUCGUCCUCUCUCUCAGCUUUGUCCCUGUACCAGCUGAUAGCUCUCAGGGCCGAGGUGGAGGGACUCAGGGCCGAGGUCGGUCGCAGGAGAGAGGAGGGUCAAGAGGUCAAUCCUGUAGGCCAGGACUAUGUUGUGUCUCCGCAGAGUGAGAACAUCAGCAGCACUAGAAGCGGCCAAGAGACGAUACACCAGCAACCUGCUUUCACCCUCAUCAGGAGGAAGAGGCUGGCAAACGCAGCAGAGACAUCAGUUACUCAGCCUUGUCUACAGCUGCUGGCAAACAACAGCAGGAAAACCUUCAGGAAAGAAUUUGACUUGGAGCCGCACACAGGUAUCCCGUGGCAGGCUGGACUGAGGAGGGGCUCGGCCCUGGAGACAGACGGUGACAGCAUCUUGGUCAGAGAGGAGGGCUUCUUCUUCGUGUACAGUCAGGUCUAUUACAUGGACAGCACCUUUGCAAUGGGUCACGUGGUGAUCCGGAGGAAGAGGAACGUGGUGGGAGAUGAGCCUCAGUAUGUGAUCCUGUUCCGCUGCAUCCAGACCAUGAACCCUGUCUACCCUUACAACACCUGCUACACAGGGGGUAUUGUGAAGCUGGAGGUCGGUGACCACUUGGAGCUUCUGAUCCCACGUUCCACAGCCAGCGUGUCCCUGGACGGAGACGCCACCUUCCUGGGUGCUGUCAAACUGGCCUGAAUGGUGUCACCUCACCUUGGACCCGGGGGGACGCUGCUGUCACUGGAAAAGAGGUUUCAUACUGGGAAGCUUGACUUUGGAUGUUUGAGGGAAGAAGACAUCUCUGCACUGAAUGAAUGAUGUUUCAUACAAUUUACACGUAUAUGUACCUUAUGCUAUAGCUCUAUUGUAUUAUUUUCUAUCGCACAUCAGGACAAUAUGUUCUAAAAAUAAAACUGCCAGAAUCAGCACAUUUUUUCUCCAAAUAUUCACAAAUACAUGUUAUGACUUUUAGGUUGUGAAACUUCAUUCUUAUACUGUUAAAUUCUUUGAUAAUAAACUUUCCAUCACUGUA